CUUCUGAUGCACGCAAUGCUAAAGGUGCUAAUCAGUAGACAAGGUUUUACUCUCCGUGGUGGCGACGAAGACACUAGCUUGCCGUUUUCGAACGCGGACAAAACAACAGCUGCAAGCGGCUAGGAUCUAAGAAUUAGAACACUUUAUGUAUUGGUGUGAAAACAGUAUGCAAGCGUUCGCUUACUGAUGUGAACAAUGUUGCGCCUAACUGUAGUCGUGCUCGGGCUACUUGGCUAUUUUGGCUUGCAAAUAGCAGCCUCAGAAACGCUAUCUCCAAUUAGCCGCUUUCGGGAGAUAAAGCUGCCUUGCGCGAAAGGCUGCGAACUGAACGGCAAUUGUAAUGCUGAGUUUGGGCGUUGCGAGUGCCGGUUUGGAUUCACGGGUGACGACUGCAGCAUCCCGCUCAUCCCCGCCUGCCUCACCACCCUUCACAACGCAUCCUACGCCGUCCCCCAAUACGGCUAUUCCUUUCCCAAAAACUGCUACUGCUAUCGGCAGCUAGCGCGCAUAGCCUGCGCAGGCGAGUACUGGAAGGAUCCCUUCCUGUGCAACCAGCACGCGUUCUGGGGCUGGGACCUGGUUCGCUGCUAUGAGUACACGGACGUGCCGGAACAGCAGCAGCUGUCGGACCCGCCGGAGCCGGGGGGCAGCCGGGGGGUGGUCUGGAAGAAGGGCGUGAGGAAGGAGGGUGUUGCGGGUCCGGAGUUCUACGCGCUGGAGCCGCUGCAGGAGCCGGUUCCGGAGCGCUGGGGGCAGGGGAUGAAGCUGCUGCCGCUGGACAAGUGCAGCGAGCGCUGCAACGAGCGCGGCACCUGUGUGGACCUGCACGGCGGCACCUCCUGCCGCUGCGCGCCCUUCUACACCGGGCCCACCUGCGCCGACAGCGCCUUCCAGCACUGCCCGCUCAACUGCUCGGGGCGGGGGGUGUGCCACGGCGGCUACUGCCACUGCCGGCCCGGCUACUGGGGCGCGGGGUGCAGCAGGAGCAGGGCGUACAGCAGUGAAGACUGGCUGCCACACCCCACCCAGCUGCGCAUCUACGUGUACGAGCUGCCGGAGAGCGUGGCGUACAUGCGACCCAACAACGAUGAGUGGCCCCUGCACCACGCCAUCUACCUAGCCGAGAUAGAGCUGUACCAGCGGCUGCUGGGCGACUGGGAGGUGCGCACGGAGAACCCCUGGGAGGCCAACCUCUUCUUCGUGCCCACCCACACCUACUACUACAUAGGCAAUAUCGGCUUCCCCGGCAAGCACUUCACCUCCGUGUUCCACUGGCUGCGGCAGUCUCACCCCUGGUGGAACCUCACUGCGGGGCGGAACCACGUGGCGGCCACCUCCAACGACCGCGGCUGCUGCGACCUGUACCGCCUGGGGCAGGAGGUGCAGCACCCCAUCAAGCUGGUUCACUUCGGCCAGGCGCCCCGCCACGGCGUUCCUCUGAGCCGGGAGGGACCGGGGGGAGUGCAGUGGAGCGAGCGUCCGGAGGACCUGGCGUCCCGGUUGAACAGCAACUUGGAGGACCCGGCUAUGGUGGGUGCCAUGGCGGAGUUCGCGCACCUGGCGGGCCGCCCGCGCUUCAAGGGCUUCCCGCCCUACCAGCUGCCGGCGCUGCAGCAGGAGCGGGAGCAGUGCUACAGGCCGGAGCAUGACGUCAACUUCCCUCCCUACAUUCCCACCGAGCCCAAUGAUGGAGCCUGGCCGGACCUGCUGCCCCAGGCAUACACCUACGGACCCGACGGCCGAGCAGCAUUCCGGCGGGAUAACCCCCGAGACCUGCUCUUCUCAUUCAAUGGCUACUCCAAGACGGACAUGGCGUACAGCGCGGGAGUACGGCAGGGGCUGCUUGCCUUGUUUGGCAACACCAGCCGGCCCGACAUCAGCAUCAACAAAGGCGGCGGCACGAAGACGGUGCUUCGGUCGCGCUUCUGUUUCGCGCCCAUGGGCUUCGGCUGGGGCAUCCGACUGAGUCAGGCGGUGAUUGGCGGCUGCGUGCCGGUGCUGGUGCACGACCAUGUGUGGCCGAUCCUGUGGGACGUGUUGCCCUACGAGCGCUUCUCGCUCCGCGUCAGCCGCCACAACCUGCACCUGCUGCUGGAGCUGCUGGAGUCCGUGACGCCGCAGCAGCUGGAGAGGCUGCAGGACGGGCUGGCAGAGGUGCACAAGGCCUUCGUGUGGCAGCGGGAGCUGGGCGGCCUGGCAUACAACUACACAAUGACAUCGCUGCACCGCCGCCUGCUCAACAUGUGGACCGCCUUCUUCUGAUACCGGUAAGGAAGGCGGGACUCAGCAAUAACUACUCAGAGGAGAGCUCUUUGCUCUUGAAGGGACUGACGCUAGCGAGAUGGCCGAGGGUUGAGGGUGAUGAGAAGAUUGUUUAGGGUGCGGUAAGGGUGGCUGCGCCGUAGGUUACAAUAACUGGCCGCGAGGCGAAACGUACUGUGUGCGCCGUAGGUGUGUGUGGUGCAUGCGGUGCUCGUGUGUGUCAGCGGGCAAACGUGGGUGGUGGAGUUGUGCAUGCGCUGGUGACGCUUGGACUGUGGCUGCUGGGGAUGGCGGGGAAUGCCGUACGGGUGCGCUGUGCGGGGGGGGGAUUGUAAGCCCCAGUGGUGUACCAAGCUGUGGCAGACUGGCUGUGUAUUUGGAUCUGAGGUGGGUCGUGUGCGCAUGAGAAGGAUGCCCCGUGCAUGGGUUGCGGUGAGGGGAAGGCAUGUGGAGGGGUGAUGGGUGUGAUGACUCGCAUGUUCAUAUGGGUGGAAAUGGGCGAUGGACGGUGGUACUUAUACGGUGAGGUAUCUGGGAUGCAGGGGGACUGUGAGAGUGAUGCAACGGGAGCAGACGCAAGGCAUCAGCAUUGCCCGAAUAGGCGUCGUUCGCAGUAUACAGCGUAUGGGUUUGCAUGGUUCCCUUCUGUAGCGCGAAUGUUUUCCUGUGCGUUUGCAUAACGUGUGGCCGUGGCUUUUUGGCUAAGGCAAAAGUUGUGUGUCCCAAGGUGGCAAUUAUAUUUUGUCAGAUCUGAAGUACGGUACAGCCGAUGGGAAGUCCGCAGUACAGUUUGCCCUGUGCGUUGAAAGUAGUACAAUGGAAUAUUCGCGGGCUUAAGGACUGGAAACUUGAUAACAAUGAGUUACGGGGUAUAGCGGGUAGUUAUGACAUUGUGGUGAUUACGGAAACGCAUUUAGUGGGAGAUACGGUAGUGAAGGAGAUGCUACCGUCGGGUACGCUCCUGUUCACAGUAGAUGGCACGCCCAACAGAGGUGGGGUAGCUGUCUGGGUAAAUCGUAUGUUAGCUAGGGAUGUGCAGCUCCUUGGUGUGUCUAAGGUUCCUAAGGGCAUGGAGAGUAUCUGGUUAAGGGUGAAAGGGCAUGCUCUUAAUAUGGGGGGGCGUAGUUUGCUGAUAGCAGCCUGUUAUGCAGCACCCCAAGGUUCUGUUCAGUACAAUGACCAUGCGGGUAGAAGGCGUACUGACACCGUGGAUCGUGUUUUUGGUCGACUCCGUGCCUUGUUGCGAAGAUAUGUGCGUCCAUGCGAUGAAAUCCUCAUUUUGGGGGACCUCAAUGCGCGAGUAGCCAGCUUGAGUGAUAUACCAGAUCUCCAGGCUGAUGCUGAACUGGAGGCGGCGGCAGGUGUGUCGAUCGGAGGUAAUGGGCUCAUUCAAGGCAUGCCGAGCAGGCGCAGUAAGGACCCAUCCAGCAACCCAUUUGGGCAAGGUUUGGUCGAGCUGUGCCGCGAAACUGAACUGAUUAUCAUGAAUGGUCGUGUGCCCGGUGACAUGGAGGGUGAGUUCACGUUCUACCACGCCCACGGCCUUGCCUGCAGUAUGAUUGAUCUUUUUGUCUGCACGCCUGCUUUGUUCUCGCGGGCGUCGCAUUUGCAAGUGCUUGGCAUCCCCAUUGCUAUAGAGGGGCCUAAAGUGGGAUCGAGGCUCAGCGAUCACUGCCCGGUGUCACUCACUCUGGACGUUGGAUUAGGAGGAACGCGAAGGGGUGGCAACACGGGAUCCUCUCGCCUGGGGAAAUGUGAGUGGGAGCGGUACACGCGCCUAUUUGAGGUAGAAGAUGCUGCUGUCGUACAGAAGAUUGACGAGGCUGUUAGCCAACUGGGCCAUGGUCUUAACAGUACGGAGGUUGUUACAGUGAUCUGUCGGGCUCUUAAGAAGGCUAUUGACGCCACGUUUCGUCUUGAGAGGAGGCAAGGGUCCAUUCCUAGUGCAGGCAGGACGGACAAAGACGCGCCUUGGUGGACACCUGAGUGUGCGGAAGCCCGUGAGGCCAUGUUUGCUCAAAAGGCGCUCAUGCGUGCUAACGGUCUGCUGGGGGAUCAGGAUGCCAGAGCUGAGUUCAGUCGGUUGCGCACGAAGUAUCAACGUCUACGCAGGGAGGCUAAGGACAAGUUCCGGGUCAUGCAUUUUGAAGGAGUUAUCGAAGAAUGUCGGGGGGAUCCACGGGCGCUGUGGGGUCGGCUGAAUGGCAGAUUUAGUCAGGGGUGCCCUAUCACGGAUGUCAACAGUUGGGGAGCCUAUUUUAAUGCGCUGUUUAAUGGGGAAGUCAACGCGUUUAACGAAGUUUCCGCGGACACCAUCCUUAGUACCAUCAACGGUGUGCCACAUGGGAGGGGAAGAGGAUGGGUAAGGGCGACAGGCGAUCGGGUAGCACGAGUCACCGCUGCUGCUGCGCUCAAUGUUCCGUUCACCUUGGCGGAAGUCAUUGCUGCGCUGAAGUCUUUGCGUAAUAACAAGUCUGGGGGUUUGGACAGAGUACCGGCUGAAUGUUUCAAGUGUGCGACGAGAG